CGCCCCCGCGAACCAGAAACGGGAGAUGGUCUGACGGAUAGCGCAGAAGAAAGCCAGGCUGGAGCUGCACUGGGAAGUCGGAAGUCUGCGAGAGUCAACGCAGAACAACGCCAUUUCACCACCGGUUAAAGCAACGGCAAACUAAAGAUACAGAAUGGCGGUUGAUAUCUACGACUCUCAGUACCUGCUCAUCCUGGCCCCUACCCUGGUCAUUGCCCUCAUGUUCCUCUUCUUCUGGCUCUUCAUGAAGGAGACGUCCUACGAUGAGGUUCUUGCUCGGCAGAAACGCGACCUCAAGCUACCACCACCCAAGCCGGAAACCCGAAAGAAGAAUGAGAAGAAGAAGAGCAAGAAGAAGGAGACUGCCAGCGGAGGAGGUGGAGGAGAGUCGGAAGAGGAUCUUCGGGAGUUUGAUGUUGCUAACGGUGCCAACAGCUCCACUCCGGAGGAAGAGGAGGAACUUGCACCAGCAGCUAUACCAGAUCCCGCUCCACCACCACCAUUUCCCAAUGUGCCUGUUUCAGUGUCCCCCGAGGCACCUGCUGGUCUGAGAGAGAGAAAGAAGAAGGAGAAAAAGGCGGCCAGGGCUGCCACAGCCGCUGCCGCAGCCGCUGUCACUGCCGCUGCCGCAGCUGCUGCCACAGCCGCGGCGGCUCCUUCUGAGGAGCCAGAGGUGAACGGCUCACAGCAGAUCAGUCGCAAAGUAGAGAAACCUCCCUCCCCCAAACUUGAGGUCCAGAUCUCUCAGGCUCCUGUUCAGGCUCAAACACCUCCCCAGAUCUCUGGGAAGAAAAAGGAGAAGAAGAAACCAAAGACAGAGUCUGUUCCAGCGAACGACCAGCAGGCGGAGGUUAUUCCUGAGCAGCGUCCAGCGCCAGUGAAGAAAGAGACUCCAGUGAUGGCUGAUACCAGAAUUGUGGACGGUGCAGCCCCAGUCGCUACAAGUGGCAAGAAAAAGAACUCUGCAAAGAAGCAGAAGACCGAGCAUACUAAUGUAGAUGAAGCGCAUGUUCUGGUUGACUGUGCAACUCCUGCCAACCACCAAGCGGGCCAUAACAAUGACGUACCAUCCAAAGGGAGUGGCAAGAAGCAGAAGAAUGAGAGUGACAAAGAGAAGAGGGAGGUGAAGCUGAAGGAACUGCUUACUGGUCUGUCCAGUCUGGCUCUGUCGGAGGCCGAGGCCGUCAGUGUGAUGGUUCUCCUCCGGGAGAAGAGCCCCAAUGCCUUGGAUGCCUGGCACAAAGCUGCAGCUAGGCCUGACUCUGCUGCCCAGGAGCGAGAAAGGUUCCUCACAACUCUGCAGGAGGAGGCUUCCAUCGCAAAGGACAAAGUGAAGCAGCUUAACCAGGAGCUUCAUGUGGAGAAGCAAAAGACCGGCCGGGUAGAGGCUGUGAUGAGAGAGCAACGUGCAGCCAUGGAGAAAGAACUGGGCAGCAUGCAAGGCAAAGCGCAAGGCAGCUACCAGGAGCUUCAGACCAUGCAGAUAAAGUUCCAGCAGGCGAGGGAACAGAUGGAAAGCCAGAUCACUCGCCUGCAGCAGGAAAACGGCAUCCUGAGGGACGCAGUCAGCUCCGCCACCAACCAGAUGGAGAGCAAGAAUUCAGCAGAGCUGAACAAGCUGCGCUCAGAGUACACCGGUCUGAUGAAAGAGCUGACGGACAACAACAACAAGCUGCAACAGGAGGAGCACCAGAGGAAGUCCCUGGAGGUCAACUACAAGCAGAAUGUGUCCCAGCUGGAGGCCCAACUGCAGGAUGCCAAGCGGGGUUGGGAAGAACUGCAGAAUUUCCUCCAUACCGUCAACGCUGAAAGAGAGAAACUCCAGGCCUCAAAGCAAGAGCUUCACGGUCAGUUUUUGUCGGUGGAGGCUGAGCUGAACAACAAGAACAAAGAGAUCCAGACGUUACACAGCAGUCUGACUGAAGCCAUGGUUACCAAGGAGCGUCUGGAGCAGAACGUGAUGGAGCUCAUGGAAAGGUCCCAGCACAGUAUGCCCGAUGACACGCUGCAAGCCCGGGUUCUGGAUCUUCUGCAUGAAAACAAAGGUCUUCAGGUCCAAAAUGAAACUAUGCAGGCCCAGCUCUCUUCACAGGUCACCCAUGUGUCUCUCAUUGAGGAGCUGCAGAAGCUAUUGGCUGAUAAGGAGCUGCAGAGGAAGAGCCUUGAGGAUUCUCUAAAUGCUGAGAGGAGCAGUGGGGCCAGUAGAGAAACUGACAUGCAGGCCUUACACAACGAUAACGUGUCACUGAAGGCAAUCCUUAAGAAUCUGCAGGCACAGAUUUCUGAUCAGACUGCCUCCCAACUGGCUUUGGACCAGUGCCAGAGGAGUGUCCAAGAGAAAGAGGAGAAUGUGAAGACUGUAGAGGACCUGCUUGAGAAGGGGCUGAUAGAAAUGGCCAACAAGGAAGAAGAGCUCCAGGCCAUAAGAGAAGUAAAUGAGGCACUCAAACAAGAAACCAACGCCCUUAAGAGAAAGACUGCAGAGCAGGGAUCAUCGGAGUCCAUGGUGAAAGAACUCCAGAUAGCGCUGAGGGAUAAGGAUGUGAAGCUAAGAUCAAUGGAGGAUACUCUACAAGCGGCAGAAGACUGCAGCUCUACCAGGGAGAAGACAAUUAAGGCUCUGGAGAAGCAGUUGGCUGCCCUCCAGGUGGAGACGGAGCAGCUGAGACAAAGGGAGACGCCAGAAGAGCUGACCAUCUCUGCUGCACAGCUCCAAGAACUCCAGGAUCAGCUAGCAGCAAAGGACCGGGACAUCCAGGCGCUGCAGGCCAAGCUGAAAGCCACAACCAAGGAGUUGAGUGAGAAGGUGGAGCAGGUUCAUCAACAGCAGUCACACACUGCAGUGCCAAGCCCAGAGCUUCUGAAAGCGUUGUCUAAAAAGGAGAAGCAGGUCUCAGAUCUGCAGGGUGAGCUGGCCGAGCUGAGGGAUUCCCUGGAGCUUCAUAGAAAGAAGAACAACGAGCUCCGGGAGAAAAACUGGAGUGCAAUGGAAGCUCUGUCAGCCACCGAGUCCAUGCUUCAAGGGAAACUCAGCAAAGCCGUCAAGGAGAACCAGACGGCCCUGUCAGUGUGCCAGGCUGAGUGUCGAGAUGUCCUGCACAGACUUCUGCCCCUUGUGCCUCUGCCCAGUGAGCAGAACCAUCAGGACUGGCUCCACCGAUUUGAGGGGGCAGCAGCAGAAUGCUCAACUGCAGCACCCAACCCUGCAUCAGGGGACUCUAAGAUGCUGGUUGAGAAGCUGAAAGAAGCUGAUGAAGCACAGAGGAUUCUACAGAAAGACUGUGAGACGUACAAGAAGGUGUUGGCGGAGACGGAGGGCAUCCUGCAGCUCCUCCAGAACAGUGUGGAGCAGGAGGAGUCUCGCUGGAGGGGCAAGCUGGAGCGGACACAGGGAGAGCUCAAAGAGAUGAGCCUGAAAGUCACAGCCCUGGAGCAGGAGAUUGAGAGACUAACUGAUGGAGCAGAGUUGGAAAAUCUUAGAAGAGAAAAACAGCAUUUUGAGUCUGAGUUGGAGCGAGCGGAGCGUGAGAGUGCCACCUACGUAACCGAAGUCAGAGAGCUCAAAGAUCUGUUGACUGAUUUGCAGACCAGACUUAAUGGCUCGUACACAGAGGCUCUCAGACAGAAUGAGGAGCUGACUUUGCUGAAAAGCAAGCUCACCAAGACUCUGUCCAAGCUGGAGACGGAAGAGAAUGAGAGGCAAAAGGUAGCUGGUGACCUGUAUACGGCCCAGCAGUCUCUUGAUCUGAUCCAGGGCGAGCUCUCGAAAGUGACGGACAACACCGGUGGCCUGAUAGAGAACAGCAGCCUGUCGUCACAGCGAGACGAGAUUGACAGAAAGGAGAAGGUGACCGCGGGACUGAAUCAAACGGUCAAAGAACUGCAGCAGCUGCUACAAGGCGUCAGCCAGCAACUCGCCAAGAGACAGGAAGUGGAGGCCGACAAAGAUCUGCCCAAAGUAUAGUGAGAGGAAGACCGACCCCCCUCCCCCCCCAGCUCCUCCCUCCCCUCCGCAGCCGCCCUGACUGCACUACAGAGACCGCCUUUGAGCUUUUUGGUCUCAUCACUACCGCCGUCACACAAACAGCCAACCUCCCUCCCCCCGUCACCUCCCCCGUACGAGAGGCGGCCGCCCGAACAACCGGCCCACCGCUCGUAGUCCCAUCGUCGGCCGUGAGGUUACUGGUCACUGUUAGUUCCAAACACUCCAGACACUGUACCAAAUCACACUACUCCACUCCCACCACAUUCCUCUUUUUCAGCAGCAUCGCCAGUUAAUUUUAUUCUUAACUUAAAAGUGACAUCCAGUAUGAUUUUUAAACUGUGUGGCAACCAUUCCUCUGUUUAAAACACCUGUAUUUUCAAUGAGAUUCUUUUGAAUACUACAGUAGUAUUUGUAGUUAUUUGUCAAUAGAGGGCGGUGAUACAAAUUUCCACGUCGUUGAAUCAAACUUUGGGGUUUUCAGUCCUUUCUUUCUUAACUUAAAGAUAUGUAUUGUUUCCAUGUAUCAUUUAGGACCUGCUGAAAUACACUGUUGUUGCUCUGUUUGCCUCCUGACCAAAGCUCUCAAACUGUGGAUCAUUGUGCAGUCAUGAUUUCAUUGCUCCGUGCACCUUUGGGCUCAGUAUUUGGGUGGGAGGGGAUCAAAAGGGGUCUCGGCUUAUCAGACGGGUCACUACGUGACUGACGAUGGAGACGCAUGGACAUGUUUUAUUCAAGUCCGUACUGCAGCUCCAGAGAGAAGCGAGCUUAUGACCCUGGCUGUUGGAAGAGAAGGCCAGGUCAUCAGUGUAGAGGUUUUAAUCCUUCUGCACCUACUCUAGGAAUAAGUGUCCCGUAUCAUUUGUAAUCAACACUCGCUAUAUUGUUGCUAAGUUCAUUAACACUGACGAUUUUGUUCUUUUUGUAACCGGCGAUGUUAAUAAAAGGGAUGCUUACUGAACUUGA